GCCGCUCGGCUGGGAGCUCGCCCGCCGCCCGGCCCGCCCGCCGGCAUGGAGUCCCAGUGCGACUACUUCAUGUACUUCCCGGCUGUGCCCUUCCCGGCCCGCGAGGUGCUUCUGGGGGAGCCAGGCCGGUACCGGGCCUUGCCCCGGAGGAACCACCUCUAUCUGGGCGAGACCGUCCGCUUCCUGCUGGUCCUGCGGUGCCGCUCGGAUGCCGGCGGCGCUCCCCGGCCGCCCUGGGGGGAACUGGCAGGCUCGCUCUCGGCCCUGGCCAGCGUCAGCCCGGCUGGCGGCGGCGGCGGCGGCGGCGGCCUUGGAGACGAGGCCCUCCUUGGUGAAGCAGCGGAGGAGGGCGCGGCUGGAGCCGGGGAGGCGGCCGCCAAUGGCAGCGUCUUCCGGGAGUGCCGGGCGCUCCUGACCCACGGCCACGGCGCCCCCGGAACGACGGCCGUGGCCGUCCCCCCCGAGGAGCCCAUCGUGUCCACCGACGAAGUCAUCUUCCCGCUGACCAUUUCUCUGGACCGGCUGCCGCCCAGCACCGUCAAAGCCAAAAUCGUGGCGACCGUCUGGAGGCGCGACCGAGAGAGAGGCGAGGUCCGCGAGCGCGGCUACCUCAGCAUCCUGCAGGAUCGGGCCCCUUCCCAGAUCUUCCGCGAAGAGCAGGGCGCCUUCAAGGCGCAAGUGAGCACCAUGCUGACCGUGCUGCCGCCCCCGGAGCUGAAGUGCCAGCAACUCAACGUGUCCGGGAAGCACUUGACGGUGCUCAAAGUUCUGAACGCGGCCUCCCAGGAUGAGCUCUCGGUGUGGGACGUGCGGAUCCUGCCCAACUUGAAUGCCAGUUACCUUCCCAUGAUGCCAGACGGCUCUGUCUUGCUAGUUGACGAUAUCUGCCACCAAUCCGGAGAAGUCUCCAUGGCCUCCUUUUGCCAGGUGCCCUCAGCCAACUCUGCCUGGCCCUGCUCCCUCCGGGCGCUGGAGGAGCAAAAUUUCCUUUUCCAACUGCAAGCGCCAGAGCAGCCCCCGGACCGCGCCAAAGAGGGCCUGGAGGUCCCCCUCAUUGCGGUGCUGCAGUGGUCGACCCCCAAACUCCCAUUCACGAGCAGCAUCUACACGCACUACAGGCUGCCCAGCAUCCGCCUUGCCCGCCCCAGGUUUGUGAUGACUGCAGAAUGCGAGUCCCCGGUCGCCGUGCAUCGGCGCUUCGUGGUCACGUACACCCUCAUCAACAACCUGCAGGACUUCCUGGCCGUGCGCCUGGUGUGGACACCAGAAAGUGCUGCAGCAGGGAAGAAGCUGAAUGCCUGCGACGAAUGUCACGCCACCCCAGACCCCCAAGACUCCAUUGUGUGCCACACCCCUCUCAACAACCUGGGAUUCUCCCGCAAGGGCAGCGCCCGCACCUUCUGUGUCACCUUCCAGGCUCUGCGUGCUGGCUUGUUUGAGCUGUCCCAGCACAUGAAGCUGAAACUCCAGUUCACCGCCAGCGUGUCCAACCCGCCUCCAGAGGCCAGGCCGGUCUCCCGCAAAAGCAGCCCCGGGAGCCCGGCAGUGCGGGAGCUGGUGGGGCGUCAUCAGGCCAGCCUCGGGCGCUCCCAGAGCUUCUCACACCAGCAGCCGACACGGGGACACCUCCUGAGGUCAGGAAGCGUCAUGGAGCGCCGGGCCAUCACGCCCCCUGUGGGCUCCCCAGUGGGCCGCCCUCUUUAUCUACCCCCGGACAAGGCUGCCCUGUCCCUUGACAAAAUUGCCAAACGAGAGUGCAAGGUGCUGGUGCUGGCGCCCGUCACAUGACCGAGGAGGGGAGGCCCCAGAAGGGGCAGCACUGGGAACCAACCCACCGGACGCGCCACCCAGCCUCAGAACCAGACCUGCUCCAGACACCUGAACUUCACAGGAUGGACCCCCUCCUGCCCCCCCCCCCCCCCCCCCCCCCCAAUUCACCUCCUCCAAUGGGAGACUGCUCAGCUUCUCUGCUGGCUGAGGGGGGGCUGCUUGCCCCUCUCGCCCACCCUCUCUCUUCCUCCGGCUGAGAAGCAGCAAGGAGAGAUUUUCACUGGGGGGGGGGGGCUCUUUUUUAAAGCCAAGAGGAGGCGGCAGCGCCUGCAUGCCCCCCCCCCACCCCCCA